CGGUACAUUCAAACAUGCUGGACUCAUUACGGAGCUUUAGCUGUCAAGAUGGCUGAGAAACACCCAAAGAGGGAAAGGUCUGAGGAAUUGUGAGACAAGUUAUAUGACCAGGCGAGGGGAAGACCUGUGUUAACAUCUGUGAGGGGUUUCGAUGCUGGAAAAAUCUACGAGAUUUGAAAGGAAUGAAAACCGAUGCUGGGGUUGUGCUGUUUCUGCUGGACAGUGAACCGUCACAUCAGGAACUAAAUUACUGCUGCAGAUAUAAGGAUCAAGAAGUAUGGAGCCUUUCUGUGUCUCUGAAUAGGAAUAGGUGGGCUAAGCUGAAGUAUUACAGGGUGGCUAAAGAAUUUAAGCACUCCAGUCUAGUCAGAUGUGACAGCCUGGAUGCAGGAUCAGGGUGUGAUGGGGAGGCGAUCGACCACAUGACCCUUGACCGUGAUGGCACUGACCACACAGCAAACCUCGAGCCUUCACCAGCAGAACUGGCUCAGUGUGAGGCUGAAGUGGGCACACUGCUCAGCAUCAUUGCUGAGCUGAACAAGAAGAUGGGGUCAUUAAAGGCACCAAGUGAACCAGAGGACCUGAGACCACCACAGCCAUCCAGGCCUCUGGUUCCAGACCUUCUGUCCCACAGGCUGCCCAGAAGCAGCCCAGAGAGCAACACGGCCUCUGCCACAUCUAAACCUCCACUGCCUGGCCGAGGGGCCGGUGGGGUAGUGUGGACAAAACUCCAGGAGGUUUUAUCAUCAGUGGAGGACUCCAUCAGCUGUAAAAGGUCCUGGGCCGCCCCCAUCACAGCUUCUGACCAGGACAAGCACAACGAGCAUCUGAGAGCAGCCCAGGAGAGCUGGGUUAAGGCCACUCAGAUAUUGGAAGACAUGGAAAGAGAGUUUGGGAUUUCUUGCCCAUCAGGCUUGCCAAAGUACCAGUAUCAGGGCGACAUCCUGAGUCUGGAGAAGCGUGACUCUGCUCUCAGAAGCACCUUGCAGAAUCACCAGGAGGAGCUGGAUAAGGCACAAAGCACCAUCAGCCAGAUGGAAGAGGAGAAGAACAAGCUGGUUGGUCUCCAUAAGGCCUUGAGGUCAGGCAGUCGCUCUCCUUCCUACCGGCCCACUGCUGGAGCUCUCAGUCCAGACUGGGCCUCUCCUCCCUUUCCUGGUUCACCGUUACCCCACAGAAGAGCUGUAACACCUCUCUCUCUGGGUGGGGAUGGUUCUCCACUGGGCUCUGUUAAGUCAUGCAGUCCUUGUCCCAGCCCUAUCAGCCUGGAGUCUGAGACAGAGCGACUGAACAGGUGCAUUGAGAGGCUGAGGGCCAGAAAUGAACGGCUGACUGCAGCUCUGGAGCGAAAGAAGGGAGAGUCAGAACUGAUCAGUAUUACACUAAACAGACUUGAGGCUGACUGCUCUGCCCUGCAGAUGGCUCUCAGAUACUGUGAGGACUGUGAAGAGGCCUACAGCGAGCUGCUGUCACUUUAUGACGCCAAGAAGCAGCAAAGCAUUCCUCUGCAGACAGACUCAGCAGAAGCUGUCUGUGACAGGCAACAGCCAGACAGUCCAUCAGCGCAGCUCAAGAAAAUGGGAACUGAAGAGCUGUCCACCUCCUUCUCAACAGCAGGGGUCACAGAGGAGACGGAAACACAGACCCAUGCAAGGCAGAGGACCGAGUUGGUGGAGCGAGAGACAGUUCUCCGUCAGCAAAUUGAACGCUUGAAGAGGGACCGGGCAGCCCUUUGUCUACCUAAGCCAAGCUCAGGAUUUGAGGGCAAAAUGAACGCUGAAACUGCUCAUCCGGCUGGAUCAAGAGAGGGACAUGUGACUAAAGAUAACGCCAAACCUCCUGAUAUCAAGAAAGAGAAGGCUUCCCUCUUCUAUGAACUCAUCUCUGUCAGGGAGGAGAUGUCAGAUCUGCGCUCUCUAAUCCGUUUCAAGGAGAAAGAGCUGAGGUGUCUGGAGUGGAGUUUAAUGGCCCAGAAGGCCCAGGGAUCAGGUGGAGCUUACGUUCCAGAAAGUCUCAGAGAGGAGCCGGAGGAUCGUAGGACAGAACAACAGAGGCUCUGUGAAAGUGCAGCUAAACUGGGUAGUGAUGGGGACAUCGUUGGGUCUCAAACUACACCCAUUCUGAAAGAGCUGCAGGCUGUCCUGCAAAGAGAACAAGCCCUGAAGAAGAGACUGGCUUUAGUCCAUGACUCCCUAAAUGCAGCUCUGUCAGACAGCACCUCCCACAAGAGAGACAACGGAGAGCAGAUUGCUCGGCUCACACAAGCUCACAGUAAAGCCUUGAGUUCAUACUGGCAGAUUCGCAGAAAGUACAGGGAGCAUGUGUGGAGGCUGGAGCACAAAGUGGCUGCCAUGACGGAGAGUCACCACCACCAGAGUGGAGCACCGAAAGCAGGAGAAGAGGCCCUAGAGUGGAGGAGGGAAGAGACUGUUCUGUGAUCCUGUGAUCCUUCAGUCAGAGAAUCCACCACUUUGGUUGAAACUUUGUUGUUCCCCUGUCUUUUCAUAGUUUUAUCAUCGGGUCAAACUUUCAGUUUAUCCAGUCAUUUGGUUUAUGACCCAAUUCCCGCUAAACUAAUAACAUUUUGUGUUUAUUGCUAGGUUUCAAAAUUCUACAAGUGAAUAUUGUAAACAUCACACCUGCUUAACAUCAGCAUGUUACCAUUCUCAUUGUGAGCGUAUUAGCACGCUGAAAUUAGCAUUCAUCUCAAUGCACCACUGUGCCAGUGUACAGCCUCAUAGAGCUGCUAGCAUGGCUGACUGUCAGUCUUGUUAAUAAGAUAUGUUAAGAAGUUAUUUUUAAUUUACUUUACGUACUCCAUCCUAUUCAUCCACCUGUUUUUUUUCUAUUUAUCUGUCAACCCAUCAGUGACAUCUACAGCAGUAAGUUGACUCUCAUUACCUCUUGAGAGGUAAAUAUAGAGUAUGUAGAGCAGUAGAACAUGGAAAGCAGUCAGUUCUGCAUUUUCCACCAGCUUAACAAGUCUAACAGGACUCACACGUCACAAGACACAUGCCUUAUUUCAGAGAAACAGCUGUCAUGCAGUCAUGAAUGGGGAAGGCUGACAUCAAGGACAGAAUUCACUGAGGACCUUGGGACAAACCUUGAGAACACACAUGUCUUUUUUCCCGUACAAACUAACUCUAUAAAGCCCCUCCUGGCCGACCCUGCUGUCACGACAAAGCUCUGUGAAGGGGGAUGGGGACAGGACAAUGGCACACAUGAUGUGCACACAAAAUGUACGGCCAGCUCUUUUGUCUUCUUAGCUCUUUCAUAGUUCUGUCCAUCUUCCUCUUUCUGCCUUUCACUGAGUCCACUUCCACUGAACGAUCAGUUCACCCAAAUUACGCUGAAAACAUAUUUUCAUACUUAUUUCUAGUAGCAAAAGUUUUAGAUUUCUCAGAUCAUGUGUGACAUUUUCCUUCAUCACAAUAAGCAUGGACACUUAUUUUGAGUCAAUCACACAUAAACUGCUCAUCCUCUAGGAUAUUUGGUUAUUUUUUGUAGAGUUAAAAGCCUUCUCCACCAUUUAAUCAUUGCUGCAGAACCAGAGAUCUCAUUCGUCUUCCUUGUUAAAACCUGCUGAAUACAUUUCCCAUGAUUCAACACAACUGCCAACAGUUUGGUUGGAGAUCCGGGUGUGUAAUGUUAGUAGUGGCUAAUGUAGCUUCAAGGCUAGACUCAAGCAGAGAUGAAGAGGAGUGGACUACAGAGUUCUGGUUAACGUACUACUUUCUAACCCCCAGAUUUUUUUCAUUUUCAGACCUGUAGUUUUCAGCUCCAACUGACAAUGACUCUAGUGACAUCACUUGAGACAUUUUAUCAGACUUCACGCAGCGCCCUCUUGAAACACCAAUGGAUUUAUCCAACGUUUUUCACAUGUGUAUUAAAACUCAACCACACAUGUAAACAAACUAUGAUCUGUAAAACCCGUGCAAUUCCAAUUUUAAGGAAAAGUUUUGGACAGAAAUUGGAAAACAAGUGAUUACUAUAUAUAAAAAAAAUCAUCAAAAUACUGUAUUAUAAGUUAACUGUUUAAAUAUGUGAUUAGUUUAAAUACAAAUGUAUAUGUAUUUAUGUUCUCCUUUAAAACUUUGUUCUAUAUCACGUUGUAUUUAUGUUACUGUCACAUGUUGUUGUUUCCAGAUUUGAGAAAACAAUAAAAAAAAAUUAAGUAUUAAGAUAUUAACACACAUCCUUUAUAUGAGUGUGAGCACCACAAAUAUAAAAAUUCCUUUCAACUCAUUGUAUUAUAUAUGGAGGUAGAAAUCCCUAGGACGCGUAUCUCAAAAUCUGUACAAAUGAAACCAAAAUUAUCUGUACAGACAGAUACUAAUGAACGUAAUUGAGAAAAUGUGUUUGUUUUUUUAUUUGAGUGAAUGGACCCUUUAAAAACCCAGCUUAAUCUUACUCUCUCUUCAUCCUUUGCUCUUCACCUCUCAUUCACCUCCAUUUUCCUGCCUUUAUGCUCCAUCUUCUCGCCACUCAUCUCUCAAUCAUCUCUACGCCCACUCCCCCCUCCAGCGACCUCGAGCUCUGACCUACCCGAGCCAGUCAGCUGCAGCUGUGACCGGCGGUCAGGAGGUUAAGGCAAAGGUUGAGUGUCACACCCACAGGGUCACAGUGAUGCCUGGCUGUUGUGUUAGCUUGUGAAUGAAGGGUUCAGAGUGCCAGACGAGGUGGCGAGCCCCUGACGGCCUGACUCUUGCCUGAGCUUGCCCUUUCCCGAGCAGAGGUCAGCACAGAAGGCCUGUCCUCGCCGCUUCCCCCCAAACCUCCAGGUCACCAUCGCUAUUGUUGUAAUAGCUGCCAUUAGAGCAGAUACAAUUAUCUUUCCAUUUUGUGUUCCCUCUCUCUAAGAUCUAUGUUAAGCUUUUAAGUUCAUCAAAGGUUUUUUUAGAUGACAUGACUGUUGUAACCUCUGGGUGACUCUUGUAUCAAAGAGGCCACAUUAUGCCAAAAUGUCCCAUGGAAAGAAAAAGUGUUUUAUCAUGCAUGGCUCAAUAUGUGCAUCUAUACAGAAGCGGAAGAAGUAUUCAGAUCCUUUACUUAAGUAAAACUAAUAUUACAACAUUUCAAUCUAUUUAAAAUCUUAGCAUUACCAACAAAAUGUACUUAAAUUAUCAAAGUAAACGUACGCAUUCUGCAGAGAAAUGGCCCUACUAUGUCCUACAAUAUUAACAUUGUUAUUUAUUACUGAUGUAACAAUCAUAAGCAGCAUUUUACUGCUGUAGUUGGUUGAGAUGGACAGCUCAGCAUAUUAUUUUUAUAAGUAGUAGCUAUAUUUAUAUAACUAGUAAAUAUAGCUACUAGUAGCUACUAGUAGCUAUAUUUAUAUAGCAGAGUGAAAGUAUAAAGUUGCACAGCAUGGAAAAAGGAAAGUAAAGUAAAGUACCUCUAAAGCUGAACUUAAUGACAGUAAGCUACUUGAGCAAUUACACUUGGUAACUUUCCACUUGUGCAUCUCUCAGUAAUACAACCUCAGGAUUGUCAUUAUGUAUUAUUACUUCUCACUGUCAUCAUGAAUUCAACGGCCUGUCUGCUUCAUGAUGAGGAGAUACUUAGAUCCUUUACUUAAGUAAAAGCAGCAAUACCACACUGUGUACAAGUAUUACUAGCAAAAUGUACUUAAAAUACCAAAUCUAAAAGUACUCAGGGUAGAAAAAAGAAACCUGUGUGAUGUAUUAUUAUAUAUAAUUUUAUUUGAUUAUUAUUAUAUAACAUAAUAUAUAACAAAAGUACUUGUAAUCAAGUAACAGUAAGAGAGCAAAUAAAGAAAUAAGCAAUCAGGGAACGACAAAUACAGAGCAAUCCAAGAGUCAAUCCAAUAACUAUAAAAUAUAUCUAUGAAAAGCAACCUAAUGACCAGCCAAUAUUAUCAUUUUCACACUCAACUACAUUAAAAUUAAUUAGUUUAAUCUAUAAUCUAUAUAGUAAUCUAAAGUAUGUAUGUUUAAUAAGAUCAUUGUGUUUUUGUAUCUAAACAAAUAACUAGUAAAUAUGGAGUCAGUGGUGUAUUGAAGUAAAAAGAACAAUAUUUAUGUAAUAAGUAUAAGUAUAAAAUGUCAAAUGGAAAUACUCAAGUAAAAUACCUUAAACAUUUACUUAAAUAUUUUCACACACUACCUGGAACACAUUGAACUGCUGGAGGUUUUAAAUAAAGGAUAAUCAAACAUACUUCAAAAUGUCUUUGUUGAAUUAAUAAAACCUUGUUUUAACCUUGA